AUGAAAGUUAGUAAUGCUGUCUACUACCUAAAAGAAGAAGCUGACUUAUGGUGGACAGAAAAGAAAGAGGAAUUAAUGAAAAACCCUGAUUUUGGCUGGGAGGAAUUUAAGAUAGCUUUGAGGAAAAAGUUUUAUCCUGACCAUUUGAGAAAACAGAAGUGUAUAGAGUUCACUAACUUAAGGAUGGGGACUAUGACCGUGAGUGAGUAUUAUUCUAAGUUCAUAGAAAUGAUGAGGUUUGCACCGGAAGUAGUACCAACGGAGGCUAUCAAGGCCCAAAGGUUCGAACAAGGGUUAACCUGGAAUCUACAAGGAAAAUUGGGUGGGGAAACCUUUGAGAGUCUAGAUGAGGUGUAUGGCCGAGCUGCCCAUUUGCAUGGGAUCAAAGGAAGGGAACUAGGGAGCAUGUCUGGGGAGAAAAGGAAGUCCAACGAUCAACCCCAAGGGAGUGAUAAGAGGCCCAAGAACCAUGCAAGCUUUGGGAAUGGGAACCAUGGAGACAAGAGGGACUUUAAAGGAAAUUUUAAGAGAAACCCAAAUUGGAGUGAUGAGAAUAAAGAAAACAAGGAUAAAACUAGGAGAAUCUACUUCUGUAAAAGAUGUGAGAAGGAUCACCCGGGGAAGGAUUAUGCAGGUAAUAAGGUGACAUGUCAAUACUAUCAAAAAUUGGGACACCGGGAAUACGAGUGUUUUAAGAAGGAAGCAGACUUGAAGAAUGGGAAGGUUCAGGAUGGACGAAAUCCCCCACAACCUAGUGGACCUGCCCAGAACACUGGAAUCAGUAAUGUUGGAAAUACCUCUAAGGGCCGGAUUUUCGUAAUGAAUAGCCGUGAAGCUGAGACUUCCAAUAAUGUGGUAAUUGGCAUCUUUCUUAUACGUUCUUUAUCUGUGAAAGUUUUAUUUGAUUCGGAAUUAGAGUUUCCCUCGGACCUAAUUGAAUUCGAUCUCAAAGAUCUUGAUGUGAUAGUGGGAAUGGACUGGUUGGGGAAGUACAAGGCCCAGAUAGAUUGUGCAGCAUAG